AUGGCCACUGCGACCGUGCCAAAUACCCUAAAGUGCAAUCUGCACGUCGACUAUGUCAUUCGCUAUAGCUUCAACGACAUCGACCAGUCGCAAGCGGUUUCACAGCUCGAGAACUUGCUUCGCACUCUCGCACAUGUUGGCCUGCAGACGGAGGUCCGGCAAGGGGACGAAUCGUCCCUGCUGGUCUUUGUCCGCGCGUCCAACAAGCAGCUUCAGCGGGCGAUCUACCGGUCGCGUGUUCGCGACUGGCUCUAUGGCAUUCGCAACGCUGAACCCGAGCCCGCCAGCGCCGUCGAGGCCCAGACGGAGGCUGAGCGACUUCGCGUGGUUAGCCAAAUGAUCACGCACCCCAGGGAAGAGGGCGGCGCCGGUAUCACCCCGAACCACGGCGAAUGGAAGAAUGUUACGGCCAUCUUUGCUCUGCACGACGAAGAGACCAACAAGAAAUGGAUGCGCGACUGGAGCCAGAAGACCUUCCUUUCCGACGAGGACUUGGAUGACAUUCGGAACAAGUUUGGGGAGAGCGUGGGGUUCUACUUUUCGUUCCUGCAGUCGUACUUCCGGUUUCUUAUUUUCCCUGCCGUGUUUGGGUUUUCUUGUUGGGUCUUACUGGGUGCCUACUCGAUUGUCUACGCGCUGGUGAAUGGCUUAUGGUGCAUUGUGUUCGUGGAAUACUGGAAGCGCCAGGAAGUCGAUCUGGGCUGCCGGUGGCACACCAAGGGGGUAUCCGCCGUGCAGACCAAGCGGCGAAAGUUCCGGCCAGACAAGGAAGUGCGCGAUGACAGCACCGGCGAGGUGCGAGGCGUGUUUCCCAUGACCAAGCGUAUACAGCGCCAGCUUCUUCAGGUCCCGUUCGCGUUGCUAGCUGCUAUCGCGCUCGGCGCCAUUAUCGCUACUUGUUUUGCGAUUGAGAUCUUCAUCUCGGAGCUGUACAACGGCCCUUUCAAAUCCUAUCUGGUCUUCAUUCCGACGAUUCUCGUUUCGGCCCUGGUCCCAACUAUGAGUGCCGUUCUGACGACCAUUGCAACCAGACUCAACGACUACGAGAACCACGAGACGAAUGAUGCGUAUGAUGUGGCCCUGACUCAGAAAAUCUUUGUCAUUAAUUUUAUGACAUCCUAUCUUCCGGUCUUCCUGACUGCAUUUGUCUAUGUUCCAUUUGCCAGCUUGAUCGUGCCCUAUUUAGACGUCUUCCGGUUGACGGUGCGGCCAUUCGUGUCCAAAGAGAGCGCGAACGCAACCAAGUCGCAUUUUCAGAUUGACCCAGCACGCCUGCGGAACCAGGUUAUCUACUUUACGGUGACUGCCCAGAUUGUCGGCUUUGCCAUGGAGACGAUCGUUCCGUACUUGAAGCAGCAUGCUCUUCGGGAAUACAAGAACUUUAGCAAAAGGAAAAACGGCAAAUCGACGCCGGGUAAUGGCAACAGUGACAAAGAGUCGCCCGAGAGACAGCCUGCCGUCACUUACGACGAUCCCGCCGAAGAGGUGCAGUUUCUGAAGCGGGUCCGCAACGAGGCCGAGCUGCCCGAGUACUGUACGACGGAGGAUCUCCGCGAGAUGUGCAUCCAAUUCGGAUACUUGGCACUCUUCUCACCUGUGUGGCCGCUUGUACCGCUCUCGUUUUUUGUCAACAACUGGAUUGAGCUGCGGUCGGACUUCUUUAAGAUCUGUAUGGAAUUUCAACGACCGACUCCCGUGCGCGCAGACACCAUUGGGCCCUGGCUGGAUAGUCUGGCGUUCCUCUCGUGGGUCGGAAGCAUCACUAGUGCCGCGCUGGUGUAUAUGUUCAGCGGCAACUCGCAGCACGGACCCAAUGGCGAGCCGACUGAUAUCACAGGCUGGGCUCUCCUGCUGUCCAUCUUUUUCUCGGAACAUCUUUAUUUGAUAGUACGCUAUGCCGUGCAGAUGGCCAUGACCAAACUCGAGCCGCCGAACGCUCGCAAGGAGCGCGCCGAGCGCUAUCUCGUGCGUAAGCGCUACCUGGACUCGACGAUCCGCGCUGAGAUGGAGGAGGACCAGGGCAAGGAUGAUGUUGGCACUCUGUCAACGGAGACGUCUCGUGCCGCCCUGGAAGAGGAUGCACGACGGGCCUCGUUGCACGGGUCCGACCCGGCGGAGCGUUUCUGGAUGCACCAGCAUAGCUGGAUGGAGUCGGCCAAGGUUGGGGCUGGCAUGAUUCAGGCGCAGUCCGCCAAGGAGGGCAUUAAGAAGGAGCAAUAG